AAUUAUAAACUUCAUAAGAACUAGUAUGCCUGCCUCAGUUCUCUAAGUGACAAGCCCAGAAAAAAGUGAUUUUUCCCCUUUCACUAAUUCUGUUAAGCAAGUAGCUUAAAGCUUUUUUUCUUAUUUUUCUUUUGGCUACCUAGACCAGUUGGUAAAGACCCAAGACCAUGAGGAAGAAAGCUAAGCGUGGAUUACUUGAGGAUGUAACAGCUACCCUGUUUUUCUCUGUCUUCACUGCUGUGCUGGGCUUCUUCCAGUAUGGAUACUGUAUUGGAGUCAUCAAUGCUCCACAAACGAUCAUCAUGGUCCACUAUGCAACAGUGCUGAAUAUUAUAACUUCUGACGAAGCAAAAAACAGCACUGUGAGAGAAGACAUCCAGAAGCACCCUAAAGUCAUGAUGCUUUGGUCUAUGUCUGUGGCCAUGUUUGCAGUUGGUGGAAUGAUUUCUUCCUUCACUGUUGGGUGGAUUGGGGAAAAGAUGCCCAGAGUUAAAGCCAUGCUAAUCGUGAAUAUCCUUGCUGUUGCUGGGAAUAUUUUUUUGGCCGUGGCCAAAUUCGGACCGUCGCAUGUCCUGAUUAUUAUAGGAAGAGCUUUAACUGGACUGCACUGCGGACUCGCAUCUGGACUUGUUCCACUAUAUGUUGGAGAAAUAGCACCUAUUGCUCUUCGAGGGGCUCUUGGAUCAUUGCACCAACUUGCUACAGUUAUAGGUAUUCUCAUCAGCCAGGUUCUCGGCCUAGAUGUCCUGUUGGGCACGGAUACCCUGUGGCCGCUACUUCUUUGCCUGUCUGGCAUUGCAGCCGUUCUUCAGAUUUUCCUGCUCCUCUGUUGCCCAGAGAGCCCUAGAUAUCUUUACAUUAAAUGUGCAAACCUGGAGGAAGCCCAAAAAAGCUUGAAGAGGCUGAGAGGACAGGGCUAUGAUCCGUCCAAGGAAAUAGAGGACAUGGAGAAAGAAAAAGAAGAGGCAUCUAAAGAAAAGCCUGUCUCCAUUUGGCAACUUGUCACUGCUGCAAACUACAGGCAGGCCUUCCUGGUGGCCAUUGGAGUCCAUAUUGCUCAGCAGUUUUCAGGGAUCAAUGCAAUCUUCUACUAUUCCACGGAUAUUUUUAACAAGGCUCGAGUCAGCAACCCUGUCUAUGCUACCAUCGGAGUGGGCUUUGUGAACACUGUGUUCACUGUUGUCGCUGUCUUCUUCGUGGAAAAAGCUGGACGGCGCUCCCUCUUUAUGGCUGGCCUCUUUGGCAUGAUGGUGUGUGCAGUAACAAUGACCCUUGGCCUUGUGCUUCAGCCAAAGUUUGAAUGGAUGAGCUACAUCAGCCUGAUUUCCGUCUUCCUAUUUGUCAGCUUCUUUGAGAUUGGGCCUGGACCAAUUCCCUGGUUUAUUGUUGCUGAGUUAUUCAGCCAAGGUCCUCGCCCAUCAGCCGUUGCAGUGUCUGGCUUUUGCAACUGGUUCACCAAUUUCUGCAUUGGAAUGUUCUUCCCCUACGUAGCUAAACUUCUCGGAUCCUAUGUGUUUCUGAUCUUUGCCGGUCUGCUCAUCCUCUUUGUGGCGUUCAUUUACUACAAAGUGCCAGAAACCAAGGGGAAAUCAUUUGAAGAAAUUGAAGAAGAGUUCCGUCGCCGAACCAAGGACGCCAUCAAAGGUCCCAAAACAGCAACUGAAAUGGAGUAUCUCGGCGGCAGCCAGGAGGCGUAGAGGAACCCCCUAUGAGAAGAAUGCUGACAAAAAUGUCUUAUUUAUGCUUCUGGGAGAAGUGCUGCAGAAAGCAAUUUUUAAAAUGUAAAAAUAUGGAAAAUAAUGCUGGUAGGUUGAGUCUGUUUUGUGGCAUUGGGUAUCCGUUUUCCCUGCUUCCCCAGAAGCUUGCUUUAUCUUGAGUUCCACUGCUUUACACAAAAGAAACACAGGAUGGAAACUGGAGUGAUCCACAAAUGGGAAAACCUACACCCUGGUUAAAUCUGAUCUAUGGGAUUCCUUGGAUUGAAAGACUGAAAGGUCUGCACAUCUGAUGCACCUUUGCUUAAUAGGGAAAUUGUGAGGGGAGCACUAAGGCCAUCCUGCCAAAAUUCAAUGGGGAAGCAGUGAGAGGGUUUAAGGGGCUCAGAGGGGGCAACAUUCCUGCCAUAGUGGAUUGGGAAAGGACAAGGGGAGCUGACUCCCAACUAGUAAAUUAUUCACCUCUUUUCAGUCUUAUACAGACAGUUGCAUGUUCCACUCAGAUCAUAAGUAGCAACUGAGUGGUAAGGGUGGUGGGUGGAUGUUCAUACUGGAAGAAUGAGGCCGGAAAAUGAGGUACCCCUCCUGUGGUGAUUGCAAACCUGAUCCAAACUGUGGGAACCUGGGGCCAUAGGGAACCGUUCAUCCCAACUAGAUUAAAUUCAUUGAAUGAAUGGAACUUUUGCACCAACAUCUAAGUAACUCCCAUUGACUCAACAAUUUACUUUAGCUGGGACUCCAGAUGGCAACAUUUGUUAAUUUCUUUUCAUGCAAACACUUGAUCCUUUCCUAAAGGAGCGGAGUCUCUACUCCCAUCCCUACUCAAAUCAACAUUGAACUGCAGGGAUGAACACAUGCACACUCUAAAAUAUUUGGGGCUUCCUUCUUUGAACUACGACUGGCCAUGCCUACCCCGACCCCGGAAGAUCUUUCCAAACUCUCCCUUCCCGCCACCCAAGCAGUUCUCUGGUCCAAUGUGCUGAAAUCAGAGGAAGGUAAAGUUGAUGGAAUUUUGAAAUAAUUCCUUGAAAUGGGCGAAAUAGGUUCGAAGAACGUGAAAUAAGAAUUAAUUAGUGCUGUGAUAAGGAUCAGGGUCAGUACUGGAAAAUUGUGUAGGGUGCGGUCCCAGAAACUAACAUAUGGGCCUGUCAGAUGUUUUGGACUUCAGUGGCCAUAAUUCUUUACUAUUAGCCAUGGGGGUAAUUUACUCCAUGACCAGAGGUGCUACAAUAAAGAAAAUAACCUAGAAGGCCAAAGGUUCUCCAUGCUUGACUUAUGGGAUGUCUCUCUUGAUGCUGCUUCUGAUGUACAAAGUGGGAAGGGCCACCAAAUCUGUGUAGAACUAUUGUCCUGUCUUCCAACUGUAUCAGGGCAAAUUUACAUUGGUUUCAUUAAUACAUCUUUCUGUGUUUCUUUUCACUAUAACAAUAAUUCAUGCACAGACUUUACAGAAGCUGAGAAACCACAGGUUCUUGGAACAUCAUUUGUUUUUUUUUAGAAAGCAAUUUGAAGAUCUUAAAUGCAGACAUAAAAACUUUACGUAGACAGUAGAAUACAAACAUGGUAAAGAACAAAGCUUCAAAAACUUCAGUAUUUUAUUUUGCAGUAUUAUAGAAUCCCACACCAGCAUAUACACAGUCCAAUCUGACUGAUGAAUGAUAGGAACUGCAGUCCAAAAUUAACUUUGCUAACCUUGAAUACGGAGAUACCACUGGAAUAUGCAUCUAUUUUACAUAUUCAAUAUAUAGUCCAUCACCAGGGAAAAUUAAAUUUGGAAUUCAGAGUUCAAAUUUGCAACUAGCCAAUAUAAAACAUAUGAAAGUGCUUUUCAAGUAUCAGUGUUGGUAUGCAGGUGGGUAACUCAAGUUUCUAACCUAAGGGUUGAGGCAAGCCCCUUAGGAGCAGAUUGUACCACAGCCUUGAGUAAUAUGAAUUUAAAAAAGCUUUUUGUUCAGUAGCCAAUUAAUGUCAGUUCUAUUGGAAUUUUCAGGAUUGCAGCAUCCUGGGACUAUUGAUCAGAAUUCCCCCUCUGAGAGCUUUGAUAAGCCUCAAAGGUGGAGAUCUGUUCCUGGGAACUUCCUCCUGGCUCUUUCCAGCCACCAGUAAAGUGUGGAAGCAUGUGGGGAGGUAGUGCAUGGACAAGGACAUAAUACCCUGAACGUAAAGUAAUUUCAUCAGAUUCUAGCAGCUGAGGAGAUUCAGGACUGGUCAGUACUCAAAUGGGAGACCACUAGGAAUAGUAAGAAAAUCUAGGAAGGGGAAAGAAAUGCUCCUGCCUGCCAAUCACAGUUUACAGUAUUGAAUUAGAUGGACCAAUAGCCUAAAACAGAGGUCCCCAACUCCCAGUCUGUGGCCUGAUGCCAGUCCAUGGCGUGAGCCAGACCGGUCCCCGGAGACAAACCUUCCUCCUCCAUCCCUGCACAGUCCCUUUGCGCAUGCGCCCGAGCGCCCACCCUCCCAUUCCUUCAUGCAUGUGCACGAGCAUGUGCCCGCCUGCACAAGUACCCUCCUGCUCCUUUGUGCAUGUGUGCACAUGAGAGAGAGAGAGCUCCCGCUCCUUCGCGCAUGCGCACAAGCAUGGGGGCGGUGGCCCGCCUUGCCCCACUGGUCUGCAGGGUUAAAAAUGUUGGGGACCGCUGGCCUAAAACACAUGAAGAGGCAGCUUCCUAUGUGCCUUCGGGCCUCAGCCAUACCCCCCCACCCCAUGUAGAGGGGGAUUAAGGCCACCUCUGAAGCUGGUCAAAUUGCUCCCCUCUUUGCAACACUAACACUGACGGUGCUGGGGGCAGGGGAUCUGUUAAGUUCUAAUCCAAAACAGUGAACGUUUCCAAGCUCUUAGUUUUGCAGUAGGAAGUAACUAUAUGUCAGGGAAAAAAAAAUUCAAAGUUUUGCAAGGAAGAAGAUGACUGAUGGUUCUAUUAUUACUUAAUGAUAUACACCCUUCCCAGUAUGAGCUCAGUAGGGCUUUGAAAAUAUGAAGGGAUCCAACAUCAAAAUGCAGCAUCAUUGGGUUUCUUCUUUUUAAGAUUUCAACCUAAGCCUGGCCUUAAUGUGCUCACAUCAAAUGGAAGCAAAACCAUUUGAAAAGGUAUCACACAUAUAACAACUUGCAUUAACCCCCAAGCACCUGGGCAGAAAACUUUCAUUGAUUGAGAUAUGGAUUGUUUUCUGACCCCAUGAGAAUUCCAGUACAUUAUGAGUUAACAGUAGGGUUGGUCUUAGAGUUUAGAUUUAGUUUAGAUUUAACAGAAAGGUUUAAUGUACACUUUCUGUAUUUUCUGACCCGACUGAGAGUUCUUGUACAAACAAAGAGUUUGGUGUGGAUUCUGCAACAACGGACCUGUCCACAUUGGUUGUUUUGGGUGUGAGGCGGAUGGUGUUACCAAAGGUCUGUUCAAAUCUGGGGGAGGAGUGAUGUGCCAUCUGGGGGAGGAGUGAUGUGCCAUUUGGCAACAAACAACCCCUUGUAGUCUGAUCAGCUGUCAAUUAAGCACGUCCCCCAAUUGUCCAUGGAGGGUCAAGGGAAUUAACUUUUUUUACAGCGCUUUUUCCUCCCUUUGUUGGUGCCAUUUUGUUUUCUCUAUUUCCCCCCUUGCUGCUUCCCUUCCCUCGUUCUCCCCACAAUUUUUCACAACGCUUGUUGGAAGCUGAGGAUGCUGGGGGCUACUAUCUCCCAGCUAAACAAUGAGAACACAUACCUUACUACUGGGCCAGAAAGGUGUGUGGCAGCUCUUAAGGGGGGAGGAGCAACAAUUCCAAGUAGAAACUUGUGGGCAAGGUCUUUUUCCUCCCUGAUCCAUACAUUAUAUCUAUAUGCCAGUGUGGACAGUCCCAAAGUGUGAUUCUUGGGGACUAAAAAGGUCCCAUCUUUAUAUGUUAUGGCUGAAAGGCACGGUGUGUUCAGAAGCUUCUCUCAGUGUCUACCCAAUUGACCUCCAGCUUCUCAGCUCAUCUUACCGGAGAUUCAGCAAUGCCUCAAGUCAAGCCCUCAACUUCAACUAGGGGAUCAAGUGAUCAACUGACCCCUGUUCUCCCCUAUCCAGCACAAGUUAUCUAUGUCAAGAAGCAAAUCAGGACUACAUUCCACAAAUCAAGAUUUUUGCCUGAUCAAUGCUCUCUCUCUUUUCUUUUCUUUUCUUUUCUGCCGUUUGAAUGUCCAUGCGUGUUCUGAAGUGUUUUAUGCAAUUAUAAGAACUAAGAACUCUGGUUCAGGAGGCUAUUAUUUGUGCAGUGCAUUGAUUUUGAAACUAUAUAGUUCCAACUAACGUUCCUGCAUGUUAAAUAAUGGAUAACAGAACAGCUGGCAAAACUGGAGUGCUUUGUAAAUAAGGCAAUUUGUCUACAUGUUACUGACCAUUAAAGUACUUUUAUGCAUUUUUUUCAAAAA